CCCGGCGCGCCGAGCACGCAGAGAUGGCGGAGCUGGGCAGAGUGCAGCUGUGCGACCCUGGGGCUCUGCUUCCCACGGGCUUCUGGGCCGCCGUGGCCGUGUGGCUGGAGAGGCCGCAGGUGGCUAACAAGCGGCUGUGCGGCGCCCGCACGGAGGCCCGCGGGAGCGCUUUCCGGCCCCGCGCCCAGCCGGAGAAAGGACCGCGGCGGGGACAGGGCCCCGGGCUGGAGGGGCAUGACGCGGGGGAACGCGGACAGGCUUCUCCCGAGGGAGAGCCAGGGUUAGGACCUAGAGCGGGUCGCGAAGGCGACGCCUCCGCAGCUGACCUGGACUCUCUGUGGGACCGAGUCUCUCAAAGCCUCGUCCAGGACAAUCCGGAAAUGCUGGCCUUCCUCUCUGGCCCCGCGUUGGAUUCUCAGCCUGGAGCCCCGCAGAAGCUCGACCUGGUUCUCAGAACCGUCAUCCCGAAAGCAAGCCCUCACUGCCCGCUUACAGAGCCGAAGAAAGAACUGGUGGUGCAAGAUGUCGCCAAUGGUAGUGUCACCUUUUUACCCUUGGAAGAGGAUGAUGAAGGGAAUUUGGAGGUUAAGAUGAGCAACGUGUAUCAGCUCCGGCUCCAUCACAGUGAAGGUGAAUGGUUCAUAUCUGUUUUAAUUUUCUGUCCAGAGAGGUGGCAUUCAGAUGGCAUUGUCUAUCCCAAACCUACCUGGCUUGGAGAAGAACUGCUGUCCAAGCUGGCCAGGUGGGCCGUGGAGAACAGGAAGAGUGAAUUUAAAAGCACGCUUUCCCUGGUGUCCAUCCUGCGCUACAGUAGGAUGUACCAGGAGCUCAAAGAGAAGUACAGAAACAUGGUAAAGGUUUGGCCUGAAGUAACAGACCCUGAAAAGUUUGUCUAUGAAGACGUGGCCAUCGCCACAUACCUGCUGAUCCUAUGGGAAGAGGAGAGGGCUGAGAUGGGAGUCACCACCAAGCAGUCCUUCGUGGACUUGGGGUGCGGAAAUGGCCUCCUGGUCCACAUCUUAAGCAAUGAGGGGCAUCCGGGCAGAGGGAUUGACGUCCGAAGAAGAAAGAUCUGGGACAUGUAUGGACCCCAAACUCAGCUGGAGGAAGGUUCCAUCACCCCAAGUGACAAGACCUUGUUCCCUGGUGUUGACUGGCUGAUUGGUAACCAUUCUGAUGAGCUCACUCCCUGGAUCCCUGUCAUUGCGGCCAGGUCUUCCUACACCUGCCGGUUCUUCGUCCUGCCCUGCUGUUUCUUUGACUUUGUGGGGCGAUACCGCCGGCGGCAGAGCAGGAAGACACAGUACCGAGAGUACCUGGACUUCGUGCUGGAGGUGGGGCUUUCCUGUGGCUUCCACAUGCAGGAGGACUGCCUCAGGAUUCCUUCUACCAAGCGGGUCUGCCUCAUUGGGAAAUCCAGAACAUACCUGCCUUCUGCAGAGGUCUGGAUGGAUGAGCAGAGGACACGGUACCUUCACAGCAGACAGGGCCACCCCCAGAGCUCGCCUGCUGAGGGACACGCGCCUUCUAUACCCCAGGUUGCUGCCCAUGAUGCUGAUCAUCAAGACAGUCACAGGACCUUUGACCUUGAGGCUGAGGGCAUGCCUGAUGGCCGGGCUGCUGAGGGAGACGCAGCCCCAGCCCCAGGGCUCUGGAUGCCUGGGUUCUGCCCUAGAGAAAAGGCCGAGCGUGUGAGGAAUUGUGCUGCCCUCCCUCGAGACUUCAUUGACCAAGUGGUUUUACAAGUGGCAAAUCUGUUGUUAGAUGGAAAGAGGUUAAACACAGGGAGCUCUGAGGACGGGAGUCCGAAGACCUGGAAUGGAGGAGGGAGCCUUUCCCUGGCAGAAGUGGCUGCGGAACUGAACCCAGAGACGCUGCAGCGACUGAAGCGGGAGUGUGGAGGCCUACAGACCCUGCUCAGGAACAGCCAUCAGGUGUUUGAAGUUAGGAAUGGGCGAGUUCACAUCCGUGACUGGCGGCGAGAGGUGCAGAGGGAAAAGCCUCCAGAAGCCAAGCGGAGCCUGCCUGCAGAGGUGUUCAAGACGCGCAUCUGCUGGUUCUUCACUCACCAUCCUGAUGGCUGCCCGCUGCCUGCUGCCCGCUGUCCCUUUGCCCAUGGCCCCGAGGAGCUGCGCCCGUCUCAGCCCUUGAAGAAGCAGAGGCAGGCUCCGAGUCACUUCCUCAGUGAUCUCUAGCUGGUGGCUCCGUGGCUCUGCUACCUGUCUCCCCUGUCCUGGUGACACCCUGUUGGGGCCGAAUUGGCUUCGGUGUGACCUGUCAGUGUGCAUAGCCACGACCAGUCCCUGACACACAUCUCCAGGCUGUGGAGCCGCUCAGCCGUUCCCAGACCGCCCUGACGCCAGAGCCACUGUGUCAGCUUCUAAGCACGUGGCCUUCUUAUUCUCAGGGCUCGGCCCCAGGUUCCCUCUGCCUGGGAGCCUGCUGCAGGGUGAUCACAGGCUCCUGGAAGCAGAGGUACAAGACUUUCUGUGAGACCAUUAGCAGAGUCCUAGAGAGAACAGCUUCCAGAGUCACACUCUGCCACCCUGUGUUCCGAGGCAGGACUCAGAGUGAACACUGCCCCGUCUGGACCCUUCUCUUUGGCACCCUAUCCCCAGAAGUGUGGGACAGUUUUUCCUUUGAGAAAAAAGUUAUUUCCAUUUAAAUUUAUUUUUGGUCUUAUAAAAAAGGUGGCACUCACUUUAUCUCUGGGGACCAGCCUCUGAAACUUAAUGUGGUAGAAAUACCCCAAUGUCAUCCGAGUGAAAAGAAUGAAGUUUAUUCUGAGAGCUGAGGGCUCUGCAGCAUCCUGGGGCAGGGCGGCCACCAUGGAGUCUUGAGUCCAGCUGAUAAGAACCCACAGGGCUUGCUCCUGCCUCUUUCCUUGCCAGUUUGGCAGCCAUAACUCUUGGAGCAGUAAUGGUGAUCUGCACCCAGGCAAUAUCACCACAACUCUCUUGGAUGGGCUAGGCUCUGUGUCCUCAGGAACCAGGGCUCACUCAAAGCGGGGCAGCCUCUGUCCUCAUUGGCCCUGCCUGUAAUUGCUUUAUCUCCCAGAUCCAUGGGGGCCCCGAAGCUGAGGAGCCCUUUCCCAGCCUGGCUUUGUGUCUGAGGAGGCAGCAUUUGGCCUCAGACCCUGCAGGUGCCUGGAAAUCUAACCUUGGUCCUCAAGGAUGUAGUAAGGCAGGUCCCCCAUUGGCAGUGGGUUUGGCCCUCCCUCAGAUUUCACUGGAGCCCCAGAUUAAGGCAGCUAGACUAGGGGGGUGGAGACAGCAGUCUUAGGUUUCCACUUUUUCUAGUUCACAAAGUCUCACACUGAAGCCUGGGUUCUAGGGGAAGACACUGCAGAACUCGUUCAGAAUGAGCCAUGGGCUCAUUCUCUCCCCAGGGCUGCAUUCAGUGAGGACAGCUUCCAGAAGGCCCUGCAUGGGAAGAAUGUGAGCAGGUUAGGGAAGUGUGCAUGGAGGAGGUGGGCCAGGCCUGUGUCCCCUGAUAGGCCUGCUGCAUUGGACUUUCUGUUAAACCCAUGUUCUACCACACUAGUGACAGGACCAGAGGAGCAGGUAAGCGAGGGUGUGAGCUCAGAGGUGAGGAGGAAAUACUCAAAGUCAUGGUGCAUAGUGACUGGUGAGCAUGCAUCCCAGGCUAACUGCAUACAAGCACACACUUGUGUGUAAAUGCAGGGUUUGCCUGGAGUGUGACCACCUUGGGUCCAUCAAAGACGUCUGGCUUCUGAGUCUUCAAAAAUGGUUGUGACCCACGAGAUGAGAACUCGGCGUUGGUGGUGAGGGCUGCUCUGUUUUAGAGCAUGUACCAGUAAGGGCCCUGGGCAUCUUCCAUGCCUCGGGUCAGCAAGGAGGGACCCUCAGAUGAUCUGUCUUUUGAUGUGCAGCAAAUGGCAGUGAGCCUGGGGACUUCGAGCAGUACAGCAGAGACAAGCACAGCCUUGGUGGACUUUCAUGCUCAGGUCCCUCCUGGCCGCAGCCAAGUUAAGGCCCAGGACUGAGGUCUCAGCAGAGGUUAGACUGGGGGGGAUCCGUGUCCAUGUUCUCAUGGCGCUCCCCACAGGCCAGUUCCCACCUGUGUCACCAUCACAGGGGUGAUGGCCUGUUACUGGUGGGAGGCAGGCCGCAGGCACUGCCCACAACCAGAACAGGCUGGUCAAACAUGAGUACCAGUAAGUAAGGAUCGAGGAGGCCCAGUGUCUGCCAACCACACCCCAUAUCCAGACUCUCCCACAUCCAAGCACCUGAGGAUCUGUCAGUGGUGGCCACCUGUCAAACACAAGCCCUGAGGAGCAUGCACAUUCACACAUAGCAGUCUCCUUUCCUUUUGACACCACCUCCCUCCCAAGUGGGUGAAUCAGGUCCCCCCAAAGCUCAGAUGCCCAUAACUUCAAAUAUAACCUGGUUUGGAAAUGGAGCCUUUGUAGAUAUGAUGGGUUAUGUGGGGUUAGGGUGGAUCCUUACGAAGUGAGUGUCCCUGGGGAUAAAUACAGACACAGGAAGUGGACACAGAUGAGUGAUGGCCACAGCCAGGGAUCCUGACCUCUCCCCCCCCCCCCCCAAGAGCUUGAGGAGGUGGGAAGACAUGCUAGAAUCUGAGACAGCUUCAGAGGUCACUUGGGAUCAGACACUGGCUGGCUUUGAGCUGGCACAGGUAGGUCACAUGGGGCAGGGCACCAUCUGCUGAGACUUGAGUGAGGGACUAUGGCCUAGUGAUCUGUCCUCUCCACAUGUACAAGCAUGGCCUCGGAGACCUCCAGUGCAAGAAUAGCCAAUGCAAAGGCCCCGGAUAGCCAGCAGAGUGUCAGUGGACCUGGACCUUAGGCUCAGACUCCUUGGUUCUGAGGAAGGUGGGAAGCAGACCUACCCUUGCCAUUCCGGACUUAAUCCUGAACCAGCUGGAUGGCCUGAAAGAUAGUAUAAGUAUCUUUGCUGCUAUCCUUCCAUCUGGUGAGAAGUUGCAGACGCAGAUGGCAAGGCAUUUGCUCAAGGUCACACAGUAACCUACAUCACCAGAGCUGGAGCCCAAAGCCUGCCUAGGCCCAUGUGCUCUGGCACUCAAGUGAAUCAGGGCCCGCCUGAGACUCGCAGGUUCAGGGGGUUGUGAAGCCUCCUGUGAGCAGCCCCAACACCAUGCAGGCACUGGGUGCAGAGAUGCCUUCAGAGCAGACCAACCAGAGAGGUUCCUCGGGGCGUUCUAACUCUUCCAAUUAGCUAGCAUCCUGGCCAGGCCUUGGAUCAGCUAAAAUCAAAGUGCAAGCCAGGGCCGUUCCCCACACCAGGCAGAAGCAAGACAGGCCCAGAGCACACAGUAUGGCCAGGACCCUGCACUACUCAGUGCCCACUGACCCAGCUUGCCUUUGAUUCUGGGCUCUGCCACAUCCCAGGGUCCUCAUGUGACCUGGCCAGUCCUUUCUACUCCCUCGGCCAGGGCCAGGGACACAGCAGUUCUGCUGUGUGAGCAGAGAGGCCAAGGCACGAGAGGGCUGCAGGCCUGGCUCUUAGCCCCUCCAACAGGGAGGCUCCAAUGGGCCCACGUCUGCAGACCUCAAGCCAGUUUUUGGAUGAGUGAAACAUUUGGAACUCCAAAUGGAGAUGAUGCUAGCCUGGUUGGGUGGGGCCUGCCUACCAGCCCAGCCCACUGAAGCUCCCCUGCAGAGGGCAGCUGGGAGGAACAGGAACUGGCCUGGGAAGGAGCUUCCACAUUACGGCCCAAAUGGCAACCAGUCAAGGAGUCAGCCCGUGGCCUGGCAGGACACACCAGCUCUUAGUCUAACCUGCAGGACCAGCAAUUACCCACUACCCUGGUGAUACCUCCAGCACCGAGCCUGCAAGGAGCCAGAGACAAGCCGUGCCUUCCCAUGAGUGAGGCUGGCUUCCACAGUGCGCUAUGGCCUUUCUUCCUACCCGAGCCCGGAGGAGUCCCUGACCACCAGCCAGGCAGCAUCUCGACUGGGAAGUGAGCAAGGAAGAAUGUCUAGCUGCUUGACUCUCCAGAAAUCCUGGGCCAUGUGGCAAUGAUUUGUUCUGCUGUGGAGCACUCCAGUGCAAACAAGGCAAAGCCCAGGAAGGAGGAGUAUGAGAGGAGGCGCCCCAGAGGCAGAGGGGGACUCCAGAGAGCCACCCAGAGCCUCCCGCUGAGUUCUGAAGCCACCUCCUCCUCCAUAUUUCCUCCCCUCCUUUUUUCUUCCGCCCGUCCUUCCCUCGCUGUCUUCCUCUCCUCCUACAUGCAGAGUUGAAAGGGCACUAGAAUGGAUCCACUCAUAGCCCUCCGGCAGUUCUCUGGGAACAGGGCUGGGAUUAGGUCUGUAUCCAUGGGGGUGCUGCCUUGACCCUGUCCUCCUGGUUGGGUGAGCAGCAGCUCCAUACAGGACAGGGAAUUAGGCCUGGCUGGCAGGGACCUCUAAGAAUCUGAGCUGGGAUUGCCAGCCUGAGUCUCCUACUCCCAGGGGCGGGGAACCUGAGGCUGUGUCCUGGACUGAAAUGACUCUCCAGCCACAGGGAAGGGAGACAGGCUGGAUGUCACUCUAGAUUGUCUGAGACCUUACUGCUGGAGUAUUCCUUCUUCCUCCCUCCUGUGAGGGCCUGAGCUUUAUUAAUUGUGCUAGCUAGUUUUGUAUCAACUUUACACAAGCUAGAGUUAUCUGAAAAGAGGGAACCACAAUUGAGAAAAUGCCUCCAUAAGGUCUGACUUUUUCCUAAAUAGUGAUUGAUGGGGGAGGAGGUGCAUUGUAGGUGGGGCCACCUCUCUGGGCCAGUGGUCCUGGACUCUACAAGAAAGCAGGCUGAACAAGCCAUGAAGAGCAAGCUAGUAAGCAGCAUUCCUCCGCAUCAGCUCCUGCCUCCAGGUUCCUGCCUGAAUGGAAAUGUAUAAAUAUAUGGUCACUGCAUGCUUGUUUUAACUUAUGUUGGAUGUCUGGAUUUGUGCGUUCUGUGUGUCUUGGUUAUAGCUCAGCUGAUUAUUACAACUAGCUGUCAGGGCUCGGGAUUUGCCACUGGGCUUUGCUGAAUUUGAUGAUACACCUAGCGGGUUUUGUUCCCCCAGUCAAACACCUUUAGAGACCUGAGAAUACGGCAUUUAAUAUAAAAGCUUUUUAUGAUAAAGGGACUUGUCAGCUCCUGGCAGCGUCCUGUAUCUUCUCCAAGAAGACGGACGGCCGCAGAAGAACUUCCACCCGGGGGAUUGCUUCUGGUGUGACAAAAGGCCAGCCAUGCAGUGAAAAGCUGCCUUACACUGCUGCUGAGAUCCUGUCCAGACUAAAUAGAUGGAACAGUGGGGGAUCGAUUGCCCCAUGCUACAAAGUCAAGUGUUUCAUCACAACAAUAGUAAUCCUAACUAAGACACUAUUUCAUUGAGUUGUCAAGGCAACCAUCUGCCACAAAGCACUGCUGACCCAGUUUUCAGAUGAAUCAGUUGAGCCCAAGGAAGACAAGGAUCAUACCAGGACUAAAGUCCGAUGACCUCUACCUAGGCAUGGCGUGGCCAAGCUGGGACCCCUCAAGACCUGGAAUGCAUAUGUGCUCGCUCUCUUGGCUACCUCGUGGUCUUGGGUGCUGGAUGCUGGUACUGCAGACUAAGGCAGAGUUCUUCAGAGAACCUGGUUGGACGGCACCUCACCCCUUCUGGACUCCAUGACCAACUCCCUUUUGCUUGUUAUAAGUUAAUCCAAAAUAAACCCCUUUGAUUAUCA